AUGUAUUCGGGAUCACAAGGAGCAGGGGAGAGUUCUCAAAACUCUCUAAAUGGGAAUCAUAUUCCUGAAAAUCAAUCAGAUGCUAUCACUGAUUCGUUCAAUCUCUCAAAUAGCUAUCUGCACAAUUCUGAUAACAAUGCUGUCAUGCCGACGACAUCUGAAGAAGUUCAUUGGCUCCAAGCCUUGAAUGAGAGAGAACAGACGCGAUCAGGGGUACCCCAAGAGGUUCUUGACGUAGAGAAUCAGAACAAUGGUGCACCUGCAUCAGCUUCUUUUGUGACACCCCUUUCUCCGCUUUCAUCACCAUCUAUUGCGACAACUUUCAAGAAUGAUAAGUCGCGCUUAUACUUCAUAAAAAAACAUUUAUCGAAACUGAAUCUAAUCUUUCGUCGGAGAUUUACUAGUGCUGAUAAAAUUAAAGCGAACAACAAAGUUGACAAAACCGAUAAAGUUUGCAAUACUCUUAAAGAUAUUCUCGACGAUCCCGACGACUGCAGUCCCAGUAUACCUGAUCAUUGGAUUGGCUUAGACGUUUACGAAUAUUUAAAGGCGUAUGAAAACGUCAUAGAGGAAGGAAAUAAGAAAAUUUGCACCGGAGAGCUCCCUAAUUACUUGCUGCAAAACAAUAACUUUGAACCUCAGCCGACACCUGAAUUUUCUCAAGAAAAUAGAAAUUAUCAACACGAAGUAGAGAAUACCAGACCUUGUUUACACCCAGCUAUAGCUAUGAGCACAACAGCACCGUCGACGAGUGGCUUGAACAACCGAAAUUUACGGUUACGGAACAAUCCUACACAUGUUCCUGGUAAUGGCAGAAGUUCGUGGACGAAGAAUCUUUUCAGCAAACCUUCUAAUUACUAUCCCGAAGAAGACUUGCCGUGGGCAAAUAUCUGUUACAAUGAGUUUCAAGAGAAAGUUGGAGAGAUAUUCAAACCAAAGAAGAGAGAAAUCACUAUCGAUGGUUUGUGCGUAGUUGGAUGUGAUUCUCGGUUUAGUAUAGGAUCAAUAAAUAAUGGAAACAGAAGGCGAGGUGUCACUGAUAUCAGAAGUCAGAUAGGUAAAGGGAUUAAACUAGUUUAUGAUGGAACUAACUGUAUGUGCUAUUCUCUUGGCAAGGGACCUGUAUUCAUUCAAUCUCCACUUUUCGCAAUUUCGGAAGAAUAUGAUUCCAUGAGAGUGUAUAGGCUUGCAGGGCUUCCAGAAAAUGGGAUUCCAAUGGGAAUGCCAAUUUUCGAUUCAAGAUGCUUCCAUCAUUCGUACAACAAAGCAUUAUCAUCUGGAAGUCUGAGAGAAAUUCAUUCCCUACAGAAAGCGUGUACUGUUCGCAUAUCGUUUAUAAAAGGAUUCGGACAGAAUUACGUCAGAUCUGAUAUUAGUGAAACUCCUGUGUGGAUUGAGAUUUCUUUCUUAAAAUUCCUCUCUAUUGUUGAUCAGGCAAUCGUUUCUUCAAGUUCCAACGACUCGGUGGGUAGUUCAUCUCCCUGA